UUCUCUCUCUCCCACAUUGAAAAAGUCGCACUUCACCACGUACCUCCGGACCCAGCGUCCCUUCACCUUGUACCAAUAAAAACCUAUAACCAACCGCCACAGAGUUCCAGAGCAUAAACCAGAGAAGAAGGAAAAGACUUUUGAAGAAGAGAUGGAGGGUUUGCAGAGGUCUACGACGUCAUUUAGGAGGCAAGGAUCGUCGGGUUUGGUAUGGGACAACAAGGCCGUAUCGGGGGAUUUGAACCAAAUGACAGAAAAUAAAGAAAGCAGCCGAGGGAGACGAAGCCGAUCAGACGAAGGCAGCGGCGGACAUACCUACCGCACGACCAAGGCGGCUACUCCUAGCGUGGAUCCUCCUUCUCCAAAGCUAUCCGGUUGCGGUUUUUGUGGGGUUUUUGGCAAACCAGAUGCCGUCAAGAAAAGAAGAUCAAACAAGCGCAAGGCCUGAUGAUCACUACAUAAUUUUUUUGUUUAUGUUUACUUUAAUGUGAUACGCAGCUUUCCACAUUCCAUUUCAAAUUAUAUGUGUGCUGUUCUC